UCCAGUCUCUUCUCACUACAACAACUAGCACUCAGGAGUUAGAGAGAUGUUUUUCCUGCAGCUUUUUUCUGCCUUGAUUUUCUUCAGCCAAUGCCAAGAAGUUGUUCCUUACUGUCUGCAGAACUGCACGAUCCAUGGAAAGAGGAGCAAAAGGAUGAAGGUACUGUGCUAUCGCCAGAACUUGUCUGAAGUCCCAAGUUAUCUUCCCUGGAAUGUAAGCAUCUUAGAUCUGUCCGAGAAUCAAAUUGCAAGCCUGAGGCAGAAUAAUUUCAGGAAACUGAGUCUGUUGCAAGUCUUGAAUGUUUCUCAGAACCAAAUUCAUUUAAUUGAAGAUGGCACUUUUGCUCAAACAAGCAGCAUUGAAAUCUUGAACCUCACUUCAAACCAGCUGAGAGCUCUUUCCAGCUUUAUGUUUGAUGGACUGGGGAGCCUCACAGUCUUGCUACUUAGGGAAAAUAAUAUUGAUAGGAUUGAGCCAUCUGCCUUUGCUCAUCUAAUGAAGUUAAAGGUAAUUGAUUUAACAUCAAACAAGCUACAUUCUCUCAAUGCCUUGGAUGUUGUGUUUAAGGUAAAAUCUUUGGAAGAGCUGCACAUAAGAGAGAACGAGAUAAUACAUUUCACAACCAAAGAUAUUGUUAAUGUGCCCUUGUGGCUUCGUGAACUGGAUGUAUCCCAUAAUCCAAUCUCUUUUAUGAAUGUUGCAACUGAUGCUUUGUAUAGACUUCUUUCAUUGGAUUUAUCUUUCUCUGGCACCCAUAACCACACUACAUGGAUUAUACAAGACCCUUGUUUUCUGAAAGGGUUAAAGAGAUUAUAUUUAGGAGGAACAGUUAUGACACCACUAGACAUAUUGGAUGUGGUCCAAAAACUGAAUUGCUCCUUGCUAGAAGAGAUUCACCUAAAUGAACUGAACUUGACUGAUUCUGACAAUCUCAUAGAAAAGGUAUGCCUUUGGCACCAAAAUGUUAAGACUCUUAACUUACAAGGCAAUAAAUUCAAAAGCAUUAAAGGAAUUGUCUUUGAAAACUGCAGUCAUCUAUGGAAUUUGGAUCUAACACACAACAGAUUAAAAGUGGUGCCAUAUAUAUCUUUUCAUUCCUUGAAUUCUUUACAGAGUCUUUCCUUGGCAAAGAAUGAGUUCUCUGACGUACCAAAUGCAACUUCGAAUAUAAUCUCACUGAAAAGUCUGGAUCUAAGCUUUAAUCAAAUUAAGAAAAUUGUCCCAAAAGACUUUGCCAAUCUAAGGAGCCUGCAGCACCUCAAUCUAACUGGAAAUAGGAUCACUCAGAUCAGCUCAGAUUUGUUUCCAGAUCUACAUAAUUUAUUGGAAUUAAAUUUAGGAAUGAACUUCCUUUUGGAAAUCUCACAACCUUUUUCAGAUAGUUUAGGGAAGCUAGAAAAAAUGGAACUAAACAGUAAUAAGAUGAGCGCCCUCAAAAAAGGAACUUUUAGGAAUUUGACUUCUCUGCAGUUUCUGAGCCUGAUAGACAACCAAAUUAGCACAAUAGAACCUGGAGCCUUUGAAGGUCUGAGCCACCUCCAGACACUGUUCCUUAGCACAAAUAAGAUCACCAAGGAAACUUUCCAGAAAGGCAUUUUCCAGGGACUAAGCUCAUUGGUGGACCUUCAGCUUUUUGAAAAUUACAUCUCCUAUGAGACAUCUGAAAAACUUGACAAUCCUCCCUUCAUUCUCUUGCGGUCCGUAAAAUACCUCUCGCUGAAUAGCCAACGCAAGAGUGGACUUCAGCAUUUCCCAUCUAACUUCUUGCAAGGGUUGGAAUCAAUAGUGAAAAUACAAGCAGGCAAUUUGGUCAUCUCUGACUUGGACCCAGCCACCUUCAGUUAUGCACCUACACUCAAAGAACUGGAUUUGAGCAGCAAUCCCCUCAAUCCCAUUAGCCCAGCUCUGUUCCGGCCUAUACCGAAGCUGACAGAACUACAUCUCCAUAAAAUAGGGCUGCAGUCCCUUGAUUUUGUUCUCCACAUAAACUUUUCUAAGCUGGUCAUGCUCAGAGUGUCUGAAAACCAACUAAAUGUAAUUGAACCUAAGCACAUAAGGGCUUUACCUUACCUUACUUUUUUGGAUCUUAGACAAAAUCCUUUCACUUGUUCUUGUGAUAAUCAAAUGUUCAUCAAUUGGUCUCUUCAUGACUUAGAAACUCAAGUGCUCUAUUUCUACCAGUACACCUGUGCUUUCCCACUUGCCAGUAAAGGAAGGAAACUGUGGGCCUUCCACAACUCCUCCUGCACAGUUGACCAUGAGUUUAUCCUGUUUGUCGCAAAUACAGCUGCAGUUAUUUUGUUGAUGGUAGUCUGCAUCUGUUAUCGCUGGAAGAAACAGGGGAUUUAUACUUAUCACCUGCUACUUGCCUAUAUUCAUGACAAGAGAUACAAAAGGACGGGACGACAUAAAAAAUAUGACUACGAUGCGUUUGUCUCUUACAACACGCAAGACAAGGAGUGGGUGAUGAAUGAGCUCCUUCCCACACUGGAAGACAAGUACCACUGGAGGCUGUGUCUGCACCACCGUGACUUUGAACCAGGGAAGUGUAUUCUGAAGAACAUUGUGGACAACAUCUAUGCCAGCAGGAAGACCAUUUGUGUCAUAACCCACCACUACCUGGAAAGUGAAUGGUGCUCUAAGGAGAUCCAGUUAGCUAGCUUUCGCCUCUUCGAUGAACACAAGGAUGUCCUGGUCCUGAUUUUCCUGGAACAUAUCCCCAAUGAUAAUCUGUCACCCUAUCACAAAAUGAGAAAGCUGGUGAAGAAGAAAACAUACCUCAUGUGGCCCCAGGAGGAGGAGGAGAUUCCGUUGUUUUGGCAUAAACUCAAUAUGGCCUUGAAGACAAGUGAGGGAAAAGAGGAUGAAAAUCCUAUUUUGUCAAUGAUCAUUCCAGGUGAAGAUCAGUAAAGAUCAGCCUCUAAUGAAUCUCUGUAUGUCUAUGACAUUUUUGGUGGGCCUAACUCUGCAAAUAUUAAACUCUGCGUUAGCCUGGAUAUUAAAGACAUUAAUGACCAGUAUUUGAAAAUAUUUGGCUUCUCCUCACUGCAGGGUACUAUGACAAUAGCACUUACAUUACACAGAGGUCAGUACUACAACCAUAUGCACAUUACCACUAUUUGACAUCUUUGUCAACAGGCACAGCAGAGAGGCCAAGUAUUGAACAGGCCAUGUGACCAUAUGUGUGUGACGCUUGCAUUGAUACUAUGUGUUCUGUACCUAUUUUGUGUAUAAACAGAUGCCUUGAGUCUGCAGGGCCUUCAAGCUUAAUUUGAUUAUAUCUGUUAAUUGGGUUUUAAUGAACUUUAAAAAUGUAAAGAAAAAAAAGAAAGCUCAAUAGCAAAUCUAAGUAAUUGUGAAUCAAAGAGAAUACAUUGGGGUAGGAAAUAACCUUUGCAACCCCAAAACAAAAAACUUAACAAAAUUAUUAAUACCUUCCUGUCUGUGUCUGUUUGGCACAGUGAACAUAUAACUCGUCUGUGUGACUAUUCUAAAACAAUUUGUAAAGCACCUUUGAGAAAGUUAGGUGCAAACUUUCAUGUUCAAACUCUCUGAAGUUAUGUAAAUCCUGCUUUGAAGCAAUUAAAGAGAACAUCUGUGUUGAGAAAAAGCUACUACAAAUAUUUAAUUAUUGUGAAAAUUGUUAAAAUCUAAUGUUUAAGUUAAUUUCUGCAUUUCAUUUUUUAAAAUCUUUAGGACAAGAGGUUGAUUACAAGUGUCAAUCAGGACAGGGAGCAAAUGUCCUGCUAUACAUU